CUAUAAAUCCCAAUUCCUAAACAGCGGAACACCCAAGCUAGCCAGCUCCUCCAUUACGAUUUCCAUUUCCAUAACCAUUUCCAUUUCCAGCAACACUAAUUAAGCUCCAUCUACCGGAGAAGAUGAGUCCUGCUGUAUCCAUGGAAGCUCCCACCACCCCCAAAAGAUUGCAAAGCAAGGUAGCCAUAAUCACCGGCGGUGCAAGCGGCAUCGGGGCCAGCACCGUGCACCUCUUCUGGGAAAACGGCGCCACGAUCGUCAUCGCCGACAUCCAAGACGAUCUCGGGCAAGCCAUCGCCAACGAUCUCGGCGAUACCGUCUCCUACGUCCACUGCGACGUCUCGAACGAAGACGACGUCCGCAACCUGGUCGACGCCACCGUGUCUCGCCACGGUAAGCUCGACAUAAUGUACAACAAUGCCGGCGUGAUCGACCGGACCUUCGGCAGCAUCCUCGACACCAAAAAGUCGGACGUGGAGCGAGUUCUCAGCGUGAACCUGGUGGGCGCGUUCCUGGGUGCGAAGCAUGCCGCCAGGGUGAUGGUCCCGCGGGGGAAGGGGUGCAUCCUUUUCACGGCGAGCGCGUGCACGGCCAUUGCGGGGAUAUCGACGCCGACGUACGCGGCGUCGAAGCACGGGGUGGUGGGGCUGGCGCGGAACCUGGCGGCGGAGCUGGGCCAGUUUGGGAUACGGGUGAACUGCGUGUCGCCGUUCGCGGUGAUAACGGGGAUAGCGCGGGGGCCGGUGAGCGAGGCGGACAUAGCGGAGGCGGAGGCGGCGCUGAGCGAGAGGAGCAACCUGAAGGGGCAGAUUCUGAAGGCGGACGGGAUUGCGCGGGCGGCGCUAUACUUGGCCAGCGACGACGCCUAUUACGUCAGCGGACUCAACCUGGUGGUCGACGGCGGCUUCAGUGUGGUGAACCCCUCCUUGACCCGGCACAUCAAGUGAUGGGUCAUCGGAUAAUCUUACCCGACCCGUUGAGGAAGUGGUUUCAGAUCAUUUUUAUUUGAAUAGGUUAUUUUAAUUUUUUAAUUAUUUUUAAAAUUUUAGGAAAAAAUAAGGUCACAUUCUCAUGGAAAUAAGAAUGAUUCGAUACCAUGGCUCUGAUUAAUUCUCAAAAUUUUCGGAGUCAUUGAUGGGUUUAA